AUGGGAGAUGAUACACAUGGACUCAAUCUGCAGAGGGAAGUGGGGAUCAUAGUAGCAGUUUCCUUCAUUGGUGGAACCAUGAUUGGAUCUGGGAUCUUCAUUUCUCCCCAGUACGUCCUUUCCACUAUUGGGAGCUGUUGCGAAAUCAGUUUGACCCCGCCCCCCCCCAGCUUCAUUAUAUGGUCCUGCUGUGGACUGAUAGCCAUGCUGGGGGGUCUGUGCUAUGCUGAGCUGGGCACUAUCAUACCAGAGUCUGGAGCUGAGUACAUUUACAUACUGCGGACUGCAGGGAAAGUGGUGGCCUUCAUGUUCGUCUUCAGCUUCAUCAUGGUCAUGAGGCCGGCUAGUGGCACAGGAGUCGCUCUCAUCUUUGCUGAAUAUGCUGUGGCCCCCUUUUACAGCGGCUGCACUCCUCCACAGAUGGCAGUGAAGUUCGUGGCUGCCGUAUCAAUCUUGGUGCUGGCUAUAAUCAAAUGUCUGAGCGUCCGCUUGGCCACAGGCAUCCAGGUGGUCACCAUGGCAGUGAAGGUGGUGGCCCUGGUGGUGAUCAUCCUGGGAGGCAUUGUGAUGCUUUUCCAGGGCCGCACUGAGAACUUUGAGGACUCAUUUGAGGGAACCAAUGCAGGGAUCAGCUCCAUUGGCAUUGCUUUCUAUCAGGGCUUGUGGUCGUAUGAUGGCUGGAACACUUUAAAUUGUUUAACCGAGGAGGUGAAACAUCCAGAAGUGAAUCUUCCUCGGGCAGUGCUGAUAGCCAUUUCUCUUGUGACUACUUUGUACCUGCUGGUGAAUGUGAGCUAUCUGGCAGUAAUGACGCCUAAAGAGCUCGUGUCCUCAAGCGCGGUAGCAGUUACCUGGGGGAAUAAGGUGCUGGGCAGCUGGGGCUGGGUCAUGUCUGUGGCCGCAGCCUUGUCAGCUUUCGGUUCUCUAAACGGGACGUUCUUCAGCGGCGGCCGUGUGUGCUUUGUUGCUGCCCGGGAAGGACACAUGCCAGAUAUUCUGUCCAUGGCCCACGUCCACAGACUGACUCCAUCUCCGGCGCUGAUCUUCACCACAAUAAUCUCUCUGGUGGUGCUGAUUCCUGGAGACUUUCAGAGUAUCGUCAACUACUUCAGUUUUAGCGCCUGGUUUUUCUAUGCCAUUGUCCUGUCUGGGCUCAUCUAUCUCAAAAUCAAGAAGAAGGACCUCCCAAGGUCGUACAAGGUUCCCAUUGUAAUUCCUAUACUGGUCCUCAUUGCAGCGAUAUUCCUCGUGCUGGCACCCAUCAUAGACAAUCCUCAGAUUGAGUACCUCUACGUGGCUUUAUUUAUCUUAAGUGGCAUUGUAGUCUACAUACCCUUCAUCCAUUACAAGCUCUGCCCAAGAGUGCUGGACAAGUUAACAGUGUUCUUGCAGCUCUUCUUAGAGGUCGCCCCUGCAGACAAAAACCUGUAAUUUCUACUGAACACACAUGGAUAGCAUCUUUGAUAACAUGCAGAUAACUGAAAGCUACCAAUAAAAUAAGCCUUUUUCCAUGAAUUAUCCUUGCAUGUUAAAUUACAUCUGAUAAUGCAGUGUUGCUGUUUUAUUUAAAGGUGCAUUUAAAGUGUUUUACUUGCAUUUUUAAAUUGAUGUUAUUGUAAAUUCACAACUUUCAUUUAAGCUCAUUGUAAAAGAUCGUUUGCAAGAUGUUUAAGUUCAAAAUUCAUUAAGAUUUACAGGGGGACACAAAUCCAUAUUUGUCAUUGAAAAACAUUGAUUAUCUUUUUUUAAUACAAUAAACACUAAAACACGCUAUAAUUCAGCAUUGCAGGGGAACUUACAGCUCUGCCAUUUACUGCAUGUCAGUCAUACCUUGCUGUCACUUUAUAAUCAACAAAAAAAUAAAGUAUUUCAAACAUAUCAGCGAACUUAGUGCUCCUGACAUUUCCUGAUUUCUUGCAAUAUUCAGAU